AUGGCCCAAAAACACCUCGUCGCAAAAUGGCUGGAGAGUCAUGUUGUCCAAUUGCUCUCUUGGGUUGAUAUUGCAAUCAAACAUGACAAUAUCGAUUUUGACAAGACUGUAGUUUCUCACCUCAAACAAAAGUGCGAUGUGGAUUAUACUAGUAAACAAGUCUCUCGAAAGCUGCAAGGUUUACUGGAUAAAUGGGGCACCCGCGACAAAGAUAGUACUCGAAGCAGAACUAUCAUAAACAAAGGUUGCAUCUGCCUGGUCAAUCUUCCAGAUGCUUUGAGAAACCAAAUCGCGCUUGCUUGUGAAGACUUUGAAGUUGAGCUCCGCGCCAGCAAACAACCGUCGAGAUCUACCGAUAGUGGCUCGAAAUCGAAAAAACAUGAGCGUAAUAAUGCUCAGGCUAAUACUCAAAAGCCAGCACCUGAAGUGCCAGGCGAAAAGACUUCCGGCUCAACUCUUCCCAGGACUCCUAUGAAGCUUAGGAAAAGAGUUGCUAGUUCGAUUCCAGAGGAUUCUCAAAACGCCGCAAAAAAGAGAAAGCUCACUCCCGAUUCGACCUUUUCACCAGAACUAAAGGGCAAGGAAACUCACAAUUCAAUUCUUCCUAAAGCACAUGCCAAGCGUAAGACCAGAGACCCCGAUUUUGACACAGAGGUAUCUCAAUCUGCCACCAAGAAAAGAAAGGUUAAUCCCGUUUCGACUUAUUCACCUGAUCCCCUCUCGCGGACUCACUAUCAAUCUUCUCACAUCAUCGAAGAUAGCCAGGAUGAAAACACGCAAACGGCCAGCGAGGAUGGUCAAACUAUUGCUCGUGUUCAAUCGUCAACAUCUGUUCGCAGGGGAAGACUAUCACAAAGAUGUGAUCAUUGUCGACGAAGAAAGGUGGCAUGUAAUGGCGCUCGUCCUGCUUGCUCCAGUUGUAUGAAGAAGGGCUUGCAAGGCAGUUGUUCAUAUAAAAACGCGCCAGCAGUAUCCGAAUCUCGUGAAAAACGUCUGAGCUUCAGUGAACCGGCUCACCAUGUUGAAGAUGACAUGACUGACGAAGAAACAGGAUGCAUCUGCAUGAAUAAACAGACUUAUACCGACUGGGUUCAGUGCAAAAACUGCAGUAUAUGGCAGCAUUGUGUUUGUGUUGGAGUGGAAAUCACAGAAGCAAAGAACAUAGAAUUUUCGUGCGAAAGAUGCAGCACCGAAGACCCUUAUAAGGCGCACAUUGAGAGUGAGCCAUUUUCGGAAAGCAGCGAGAUGCGCGAUGAGUCAAGCAAUGAAUUGCAAACCGACAGCAUAUUGCUUGGUUUGGCGAAGGAGGAAAUCUCACACCUGCGUGAGAUUCUCAAAGAAAAAGAUUUGGAAAUUAUUGAAAAAGAACAGCGUCGAGAAACCGAAGCAAGUGAUGCAAGGCAUCUAAGGACGAACCUGUGGCUAUUGGGAAAAGACUCUCCAGAGGUUGCUCUAGAUAAAAAAGAUCAAGAGAUUAAAAUCUUAAGGAAAGAACAGCAGACUCGUCGAUUCUUAUCAAGGUUUACACAGCUCGGUGCCACAUCCGACGAGACCUUCGGACAUGAGAGUGUUCAAAAUAUGGUUGAUGCAUUUAAUAUAAUUGAUCAACUACCAUUCGAUUAUGUUCCAGUAAUUGUCCCUCCCGGGCUGGAUCAGAACCAGGAGCUCAAAAAGAUCAUUCUUGAUAUUUUCGGCCAAGACGAUACACUCCGACAGACAGCUGAAGACCUUGGAGCCAGCCUUUCAUCCAUCGACACACUCGCGGUCCACAGAGCUUUGACAGCAAGCUUCCUGAAACUCUGGGUAUUCGAGUCCGAUUUUCCGCAACUUGAGGGCUCAUCCUCAGACUAUGUAAAGAGCAUCCGAAAAAAAAUGAUUGAUUCAGACGGACCUAACGCAAUGAGAAAUCUUGAUUUGGCUGCUCGUUACGAUGUAAUCUCGAGUGCAAAGUUCAAACACCAAUACAUCUACCCCGAAGCAGAGCGUCUGACUAAAAAAUACUCCGAAAUUAUGGAACCACUAUUCGCCAAGAAUCCUGGUAGCGAGGUUUUCAAGAAUUGGAACGGAUUCUCGACAUGGAAUGAUGACAAAGAGACAUGGCAGGAUCGCCAAUCUCGACUCGUUGGAAUGUUUCGUCUGGCCUUGAAAAGCAAAGCAGAAUCCACAUUGAAUUUCAGGGAUUAUGAGUUGGUUGCAUUUGCACCAGGUACUCCAUAUGACCCUAAAUCUAUGACCAACGAACUCGCUCAUUUUAGAAAGGGUGGAGAUAAUAACGAUUGGGUUGUCGAAUUUUGCGCUCAGCCGGCAAUUUAUAUACACGAAAAGGAGAAACCAGAUGAUUUCAUUAGCUCCCAAAGCUUUGUGCGCAAGACUGUACGAAGUGGAAUCGGCCUGACACCAUCUGUUAAAGCUGAGGUGCUUUUACGACGAAAGGAUGGUGGCUCUUAG